UCCAUGUGGUCCCAACACAAAUCGAGUGUGGAACCCAGCAAUUUUUACAAUGUAAUAUGUUAGUCAAUGCUACCAGUUUCCAGGAUUCUUCAAAAUACCUUAUUUUGUACAGAAGAAUGAAACUCAAACAGGUUUGAUUAUUGAACAAACUUUAACACAUUAACAAAUAAUUUUUUUUUUGCUUUAACCGACCACAGACAUAACCAACAAACAUUAACUAAUGUCUAUUGUUGUGAACCUUUACCAAUGUUUCUUUUAUAUUUGACUCUUUCAGGCCUCUUUCUCUAAUGUUCAAGCCCUGAUGUCGCACUUUAACUCUAUGCUGGCUCGACAUGAUCCAACCAACCAUCAGGAUCAGAAUUCAGAGCUGAUCCAGAAAAUGUCCAAACUCAAACCUGUGGACAUGAAUAAACCCCCAGGCACCAGGCCUUCUCCAAAACCCCUAAUAGUCAAACCCAACUUCACAGUCAACUCUCUAGAGAGCAGAUUAAAAGCCACUGAUGCCGCAGGAUUGAAACUACCCAAUAAAGCACAACAGGAAUACUCUUUUUUAAAAUCCCCCAACGCUGGAGCCACGCCGCCUGUCAUGCACAAAAUCAAUCUCCAGAAAGACAGUCCUGCAGCUAAAGAAAGCACAUCGGCUGAUUUAUCAGAGCCAAAAAAGAAAACUCUUCCCAGCUUGUUUGCUUUAGGAAAAUGUCCUGCUAAACCAGCCAGACCUUCUCUUGUUGACCUCAGCAAAUUCGGAAGAAACGUGUCAAAUACCAACAACCCAGCUUUUUCCGUCCUCCCCCCACCUCCGAUUGGUCAUCCGUCCAUCACAUCGGUGACUCCGCCCCCUCCAGCUGACUUCUCAUUUCUCCCUCCUCCUCCAAUGGAUCAGGAGGACUUUUAUGAUGACGCAGGCGUCAUGGACCAAACACAAGCAUCACUAGUGUCCAAUACCAAAAACUCAGCACAAGCAUUUUCCUUCCUCCCCCCACCUCCACCUGGUCAUCCGACAAUCACAUCUGUGACUCCGCCCCCUCCGGCAGACUUCUCAUUUCUCCCUCCUCCUCCUCCAACGGAUCAGGAAGACUUGUAUGAUGACACAGGUGUCAUGGACCAAACACAAGGAACUAGCAGCAAUAAUCCUGAGGAGGAGGAGGAGGAAGAGAUGUAUGAAGAUCUUGAACACAACUGGCCGGAAAACAACAAAGACACAAAGGAGGAGAAGACGACCAAAGAAUCAAAGGAGCUCAAGAAAAAGCUUGAAAAAGAAGAGAAGAAACGCUUGGAGCAGGAGAAGAAGGAGAAGAAAGAAAGAGAGAAAAGGCAACAGGAGACCAUGAAAAAGUUUAAAAUCAAGAGUCCGAUUGUGGUGCUGGAAACAGUGAAGGUCAGAGUUGAUCACAAGGGUGGGAAGAACAAACUUCCACUCAAGCAGGGAGAAAGCAUUGAAAUUGUGCGCAAAACUGAAAACCCAAAAGAAUAUUGGCUCGCCAGAAACACAGAGGGCCACUAUGGUUUUGUGAAGCCUGACACUCUCGAUGUCGUGCAUGACAGAUUGAAAGACACAGAGGACGAGCAGGAAGUGUAUGAUGAUGUGGGAGCAGACGAUGAUCCACCAGAUGCUGCUGAAGGCAAUGAGGAUAUUUACGAGUGUCCAGAAGAUCAACAAGCUGAUUUCAGCUUUCCCCCUCCACCUCCUUCAGAUGGUUUUGAAUUUAAUUGUGAGGGUGCCAAUGAAGAAACGUAUGAUGAUGUGCUUCAAGCAGAUUUCCCUCCUCCUCCUUCUUCUUCUAGCAGCAGUGUUCCACAGUUCAGCUCAACAAGCAAAGCAACCGAAAUGGACCCGAAGAAAAAGAAAAAGUUUGAGAAGGAGGAGAAAGAGUUCCGGAAGAAGUUUAAAUAUAACGCUGAAAUCAAAGUGCUGUAUGAAGCUACUGUCCUCCAAACACUGGUGAUAAAGAAGUUUGGUAAUAAAGACUUGCCGGUUAAACCUGGAGAAACGAUAGAUGUGAUCCUUCAUCAAGCAGGCGACAAACUCAUCGGCCGCAACAGUGAAGGAAAAUUUGGCUAUGUGUUUACUGCUAAUUUGGAGCCGGACGGAUCGGUUUAUGAUGAUGUUGGUGAUGAGUGCAUCUACGACAAUGACUGAAGCAUUGACAAAUGCUUUUAGUUUUCAUCGUCUUAAAGGGAUAGUUCACAUAAAAAUCUAAAUUUACUCACAUGCAAGUGGUUGCAAACCUUUA